AAGAAGAAGAUGCUUUUAUAUGACUCUGAUGAGGAUCUCUUUGAUUCUGCAGCUGUAACGGACAUCUUCUGGCUCAUAUGGAGCUGAAAUGUGAAACUGCUCAAUCUCAAGGACGCACUCUUCAUCAUUUGAUUUCUCCGUAGGUCUGCCUCCUCACAGAGACGCUCAUGAUGCCGAGGGCUGUACGGAGACUGGUCCAUCUGGUGCUGUUCUGUCCUCUGUCCAAAGGUCUGCAGAGUCGUCUCCCAGCCAUUAAGGUGAAGUACCUUCUCCUGGCAUGGCUGGGCAUCCUCAUUGCCAGCUGGGUCAUCUACAUGCAGUAUGCCUCUUACUCUGAACUGUGCCGCGGGCAUGUCUGCCAUAUGGUCAUUUGUGAUCACUACAGGAGGGGUAUAAUAUCAGGCUCGUCCUGCAAGGCAUUGUGUGAUCAGAGAAGUCUAACCCUGCAGCGCUGCAUGUCCACCUCCUCCACACAGCAGGUGUACAGUGGACUGUGGAAGGAGAGACCUGUUGUGAUCAAGUGUGGGAUUGAGGAUCCAGUGAAGAUUGAUGGGGCUCCAGACUCUUUACUGCGACAGGAGAUGAGCUUAUUUGACAAACCCACUCGUGGAACCUCAAUGGAUGAAUUUAAAGAGAUGCUGCACAGCUUCCUCAAGACUAACCUUGGUGAGCAGCCAUCUUUGAGCAGCUUGGUGGACAGGGUCAUUACCCUGGCUGAUGUCAACCAGGAUGGCAAAGUGUCUCUAGCAGAGGCCAAGUCUAUCUGGGCUCUCCUCCAGAUCAACGAGUUCCUCCUGAUGGUGGCGCUGCAGGAGAAGGAGCAUACCCCAAAGCUGCUAGGUUUCUGUGGAGACUUGUACGUGACAGAACAUGUGGGCCACAGCUCCCUCUACAGGCUAGAGGUGCCUCACUACCUGCAGGCUCUGGUCCCAGAGGCCUUCAGCUCCAGCCUGAACCACUGGCUCGCACCAGCCUGGCCCCGCAGGGCUCGCAUCACCAUCGGCCUGCUGGAGUUUGUGGAGGAGGUCUUCCACGGGUCCUACGGCAGUUUCCUAAUCUGUGAUGCCAGUCCUCGCCAUGUGGGAUACAAUGCAAAGUAUGACUGCAAGAUGGCAAACCUGCGCAGUGUGGCAUCUGAGGCAGUUGUGCGGGGAUAUUUGAGGGGGCGGCGAUGUGAGACUAACACAGACUGUACCUACGGCCGGGACUGCACGGCCACCUGUGACCGACUAGUGAAGCAGUGUAACACUGAGGUUGUGCAGCCCAAUCUUGCAAAGGUGUGUGUGCUUUUGCAGGAUUUUCUGCUUUUUGGAGCACCUUCAGACCUCCGUGGGGAUCUGGAAAAGCAGCUACGCACCUGUAUAACACUCAGCGGUCUGGCAAGCCAGAUGGAGGUGCACCACUCACUAGUCCUCAACAACCUGAAGACAUUACUGUGGAAGAAAAUUUCUAACACUCAGUACUCUUGAAAGCAGGUUGAGAUUAUCCGACCUGUCCAUCUACAUAAUGAGUGAAUUAUGACAUGAACACGAGUAGCUUUUGCUUAUGAAGCUUUGCCAAAUGUUGUAGAGGGUGGUGGUUAUUUAUGUAUU